CUUCAAAAGCAAAAAAAAUAUCUCACUCUCACUUCGAAAGUAAAGCGAGCAACGCUGUGAGCCUGUGAGGCUUUGCCGGAAAAGGAAGGUGAAGAUUGAGGCUUUCAGGAUCGGGGAUCUAACCGGAGGUGGCACUCUGAAGUCUGAAUGAACCCCCAGACUUGGCGUCCGUACUGAUUAGCUUCAUCCAAUUUCAUCGCCGUUAAUGCUGAGGGUUAUAGCAGAAGCAGAAAGAAGAGUUCAAAAGAAAGACAUGGAAGAUAAAACUUGCUAUCCUCUCCCUGCUGACAAUGAUGAAACUGGAAUCAUACAAUCAACUAGAGAUCUCCCACCAGCUCAUUAUACAUUUCAAGUCAAGAAUUUCUCAUUACUGUUAGGGAUGGAGGAGGAAAAAUGUCACUCUGGCCAGUUUGAAGUUGGCGGCUAUCAAUGGAGAUUGGUACUCUACCCAAAUGGGAAAAAAAAUAGCAAUGGGAACGGUCACAUCUCGCUAUAUUUGGCAAUAGCAGCUACCGAUGACCUUCCACUUGGCUGGGAGGUUAAUGCGAACAUAAGAUUCUUUGUGUUUGAUCAAAUCCGAGACAAGUACCUGAGUAUUCAAGAUGCAAAUGGGAGAGUAAGACGCUUCCAUAACUUGAAGACUGAAUGGGGAAUCGCCCAAUUGCUUUCCCAUGAUACUCUCAAUGAUUCAUCAAAUGGUUAUCUUCUUGAUGAUACUUGUGCCUUUGGGGUGGAAGUUUUUGUUAUUGAAGGUACUGGUAGAGGGGAAAGUUUGUCAAUGAUAAAUCAACCUCAACAUAAUUAUUUCACUUGGAGGAUUGACAACUUUACCGACUUGAAAGAUGAAUUUUAUAUCUCUGAGCAUUUCACCGUUGAAGGGCGAAGAUGGAAGUUGAGGCUCGAGCUAGAAGAAAGUGAAAGUGAAACAGGACCAGACACAUGCUUGUCUCUCUAUCUCUGCUUAGGUGAUUCAGAAACUCUUCCUUCCAACAGAAAAUUGUAUGCAAAAUUCAAGCUGCGAAUAAGGGACCAAAUCCAUAGCAAUCACCUUGAAAAGACAUUUGAGUACUGGUUUUCUGAUCCCCACGACUCUUAUGGUGUCCAAGAGCUUUUGUUAAUGAGAGAUCUCCAAGAUGUAUCAAAGGGCUACUUGGUACGUGAUGGUUUGCUCAUUGAAUGCAAAAUUGAUGUCAUAUCCAUAUUUAAGGAUUUCUCCUCAAAUUAACACUGUUUAAAUUGGAGAAACAUUGUCUUUGAAGUACUUGUGCUUGACAAUAUGUAGCAUUCCUAACUUGAUCGACUUUGUUAGUGUUCUGGCCUGUUUUAGCAUCGUGCUAAUGUUCAAAAUAACGCUAUGCCUGUUGGUGAACAUUAAAUUUUCUGCUAUACCACUGAAGUGGCCAAGGAAAUAGACCUAUCUAAUGGCUAUGUAUAUAAUGUUUUGUUGCCUUGAAAGUGAAUUAUUUCGUGGA